CCGACAUUUAUGCAGUGUCAUUUUGAUUCUCCGUCCCUGUUAUACGUCACCCUCACCCAGCAAACAAAAAUCUCACUCUCUCUGACCGUACUACUGUGUUUCUCUUAAGCUUUAUAGGGUUUUGGGUUUCUGGUAAGCAGCCCAGUGUGGAGGACUAUCUCAUUGUUCAAAUACAAGAGUAGGUGAAAAAGCCCCAAAUAAGAUGUCGGGCAGGAAAGAAACAGUUUUGGACCUCGCCAAGUUCGUGGACAAAGGUGUACAAGUAAAGCUCACUGGUGGUAGACAGGUAACAGGGACGUUAAAAGGAUAUGAUCAACUGUUGAACCUUGUUCUUGAUGAAGCAGUAGAAUUUCUUAGAGAUGCUGAUGAUCCCUUAAAGACAACUGAUCAGACCAGACGCCUUGGUUUAAUAGUCUGUAGAGGAACUGCUGUGAUGCUUGUGUCCCCAACUGAUGGUACUGAUGAGAUUGCCAACCCUUUUAUGCAGCCAGAUGGAGCUUAGAUAGGUCUCUACUCAUAUUAGCUGACCUUAGAAUUCUAUUUAUUUAAACUCUCAGACUAUUGGAUUGGAUGUUUUUGUGAUAUCAUUUGUCAUAUUCUAAACUUGUUUAGCUUAUUAAUGAAUGUUCCUUCAAAUGUAACAUAUUGCAUCUCAGCUAUAUGAAAGAGAUUCUGAUUGAUGAGUGAUCA